GUAUUGUAUUCAUGUGGAAGUUUACGUGUCUGUUUCAGCAAGGAGCUCUGUCUUAGCUUCUAAAUACGUAUAUAUAAUAUCUCUCAAUGAUUACUCAAACAUUCGCUGCUCUAGGUAGGUGUUUGGUGAUUUAAGUCUUUCCACAAAAGAUUUCACUGCUGUGUCUAAAGUCGAAAAUGUUUAAGUUACUGUUUCUUCUAUGCAUUGUCGUGAAUAAUUUUCAAGUAAAUGAAGCAAGUAGAUGUCCAUCUGGUUGGACUUAUCUUCGUCAAUCUUGCUACUACUUCAGUACAACCAAAACAACUGGAAGCAAAGCCAUUCUUGAAUGUCAACGCAUGGGAGGAUAUCUUGCUUUUCCAAAGAACUUGGUUGAGAAUAACGCCAUUUACAGUGCUGCCAAAAGAAAAAAUCUGCAAAAUCCAUUUAUUGGUUUGUUUCGUAAUAAAGACGACAAGAAAUUUUAUACAAUGCAACAUGUCCUGCCUACAUUUAUCAAUUGGGCUUCCGAUGAACCUAAUAAUCUUGGAAACAAAGAGAAUUGCGUCCAUUUUUAUCCAAAAGGCAAAUGGAAUGAUGUCCCAUGCUAUUUUUCCUACCACUACAUUUGUCAAAGUAAACCAACAUCUUUGAAGUGUCAUUGUACGUGCGAAUGAUUUUUUAUCUCGACGAAGAAGGAACAGGAAAGGACAGUUUAAUGGUGGACGUUGGCUUAGAAGAUACUUUACUUAUGAUACAUUAUCAAGCAGGCACUAUUUUGAUUUCACUAGUUUACAUAUUGUAAAUAUUUUCAGUCGAGCCAGCCAAUAAAUAAUGCAUUAAAAUUA